AUGGAUAGCAGUAUUAUAGACUAUACAUUAAAAAACAAUACAAUCUUUCCAGUUGGUAUAACAAUUGAAGAAUGUAGAGAAGCUAUUAAAGAUGUUGGAGGAUUUAGGGAAUCAAUUAGAGAGAAUACUAUUGUAUUUAACUAUGAUUCCAUUUAUGAUGAAUCAUUUCCAGACCCAGUAAGUGAAACCGAUCCAAAGAAAUCAUAUUUAUUAAAGGUUAGAAGAGAAUGCAGAGGUUUAAUAUUUUGCAAAGAUACCCAUAAACUAUUAGUUAGGAAAUUACAUAAAUUUUUUAAUAUAAAUGAAAAAAGCGAAUGCAAAGCAGAUUUAAUACCAUUAGAGGGAAAUUAUAUAUUAAUGGAUAAAAUUGAUGGUAGUUUAAUUUCACCAAUGUUAUUAAAUAAUGAAAAUUCAAUUAAUGGUGUUUAUUGGGGAUCAAAACAAGGAAUCAGUGAUUUGGGUACAAUGGUGAAUAAUUUUAUAUUGAGUUUAGAAUCAAAUCAAUCAAAUAAUAUUAAAUAUAGCGAGUUUUCAAAAAAAUGUUUAGAGAGUGGCUAUUCACCAUUAUUCGAAUUUACUUCACCAAAACAACCAAUAAUCAUUCACUAUAAAGAGGACAGAUUACAAUUAAAUUCACCAAGGGACAUCAAGUUUGAAAAAGAUAUUUGGUCAUUAUUACUAUCUGGUCAUUAUGAUGAUGUUAAAGAUACAAUCAAUUGGAUUUGUCCAGAAAAUGAAGAGCCAAAUGAUAAGGUUAAAAGACUAGAAUCAUUCUCUAAAGAACUAUUUGAACGUAUUGAUAAGGUAUCAGCGAUAAUGGUAAAAAACAUUAUUAAAUUCAAAAACAGUGGCAAUCCAAAAAAUCAAUUUUAUCUCACCGAAAGUUCAUCUGGUUUAAAUAAAAAAGCUUUUAUUCUUUCAAUCCAACUGUAUGACACUAUUCAACAAAAUGAUUCAGUUCAACAACAUUUAUCCAGUGCUUCAAAAUUUUUAAUUCAAAAACUAAAAGUUAAUUAUACAACAAGUAAUUUAAAAUUAGAAGAGGGUAGAUCAAUUUUGGGUAACGAUAUUAAAUUUUAA